GGGCUUCGCAAACGAUGUCGGAUCUUGUACCAGCAAUGCAGGCGACACCUGUCCCAAACCUUGCGAGCGCGAACAAGCCGCAGAGCAACAAUCUGACACCCGCCCAACAGAAGAUCGCGGACGAGGUCCUCGCAUACUUCUCAAAGGAUGAGUACGAGCUGCCUGUCAAGGAAGGAGAUAAGAAGCUGAUAGAGGAGGAGAAGUUCUGGCUGACCUACGAGUGCAUGCUCAGGUAUUGCCGCGCCACAAGGUGGGAGAGUGCAAAGCAAGCUAUCAAGAGGCUGGAAGAAACACUGCAAUGGCGACGCGAGUUCGGCCUAUACGACGAACGCUUCACGCCAGAGCACGUAGAGCCGGAGGCAGUCACCGGCAAGGAGAUCAUAUACGGGUAUGAUGUCAACGGUCGCCCAGCUCUCUAUCUGUGCCCGAAUCGUCAGAACACGGAAGAGACCAUUCGGCAGGUCGAAUUCACAAUGUUCGCGUUGGAGCUGUGUAUAAAUCUCAUGGGCCCCGGAGUGGAGUCACUGGCACUCAUGAUCGACUACGGCCAGAAGGGCAAGAGUCCGUCUUUCUCACAGUCUCGGACGGUCCUCAACAUCCUCCAGUCACACUACCCUGAACGCCUCGGCCGUGCCCUGAUCAUCAAUAUGCCAUGGAUGAUCAACACCUUUUACAAGCUCAUUAACCCAUUCCUCGACCCUGUCACUCGCGAGAAGAUACGCUUCAACCCCAAGGCUGUCCCAGAAAGACUUUUCGCGGCCGAUAGCGUGUGGAAAGAGUUCGGCGGAAUCAUCGAGUUUACCUACGAGCACAAGACGUACUGGCCGGACUUGAUCGAGAUGACGAAGACGAGGCGCGACGAGCAGAUGCGACAAUGGCGCGAGCUCGGGGCGAGGGUCGGGCUGAGGGAGUGGGACAUUAAGGACGGAGAUAAAUUGGUGUCUGCUGAACUCGCUCUCCUUGAACUCGAUCCCGCUAUAGACUAGGCCGUGCUGUUGGCCUGCACAUCGCAGGGAAUCGUUCGUCCGCUUUGCUUGUGCCUUUCUUGGACCGUACAGCAUCUUAAUCAAUGCGAGCAUAUUAUGUGAUGGAAUCAGCGUCCGAUCCGUGACGAGAACACUGCGACUCUUCCGCUCCGCUGCAUGGCCAUGCUCACGGCAACUGCUGAUGGCAAGGAACAUCGAAGGGGAUAUGUCUGCGCAUCAGUUCGGUGUCCUGCGGGUGUGCUGGGCAUGCUUGCAACACACCGGCGCGAUACUAGGCUAAUGACGCAUCAUCCGGACGGUCUGUAUGUCGGGCGUGCAGGACUUCUCUUCUAUGAAGUACUUGACGAUGUCCCGCGCGUCGCAGGCUACCGCCGUCCGCAACAUCUCCUGGCUGACCGCAACCCUGUCCUCUAGUUUUCGUCUCUUGUGGCUCCGCUUCCUCACUGCGACCUCCUCCUGCCGGCGUCUUUUCCCCUUCCCUUUCCCUACAGUGGCGUCCCCUUCCACAUCUUGCCCUUUGUCCUCCACACCUUU